UCUGCACACCGGUGACUUCACCAGCAAACCCGCCCCACUGUUUGCGUCGAAUGACACACGCGUGGCCUGUGACGGCGUCGACGGACUCACCCCCGAAGCGAGAAGGCCUAUCCGUGGCCUAGGUCAUGCCCAUGGCAGUUUGGUAUAUGUGGCCCCAUGGCUGCAUGGCGGUUAUUGUGUCCUCCGCAAACACUCCAACGGACCACUGGACAACUCAGCCCACCGACGGUAGCGAUUGCCGCAACUAACAAACAUGCCACCCACCGCCUGUAGCACAUUGCACAUUGCACUCGGGCCUAUGGUGUGCGGGGUUUCAGAUGUUUGGCGGGGUGCUCGGCCCAAGCACCUCCUCGUGCCUCGCCUUCAACACCACCAGGUAGCUAGGUGGGUAGGAGGAGGAGAUUGCCUUUGUAGCUGCACCCUCUGGGCGCUCCUUAUAGGUAGGCAACAUUUUUUUCCCAGCCUUCAUUUUCUAUUCAACACUCCAUCCCUUGCUUUCGUGACCUAUUGUCGUCGUUGGUAUCUCGUGUGCAUUCCUGAGCGCUUGUUUGUGGACACCACAUGCCACACCAGAGACAAUCCCACACCACAUAUCCUCCCCUGCUUUCCCGUUCGCAUCCCUUCCAUCUCCAUGUCCAAUCCGAGAAUCUCUUUCUUCCCGUCAGAUCGGAGGCCGCUGUGCAGCUAGCUGGCGCGGAAUACCGUCAAUCGAGCGCGUCGACAAGCCCAAUCCCCGGAUCUAGCAGAGGCCAAAGUUUGAUGGACUAGGUCGUU